AUGCAUGGGGCCAUGUCUGGUAUGAUGCUGAGUCCCAAAAUGCAGAGGUAUCAGCGUUCCAUUCGAAUCAAUGACGGCCAGCUUCUCGGUCUGGCCGAGAAAGCGAGAAAUGACUCCCGGCUAUCCGGAUACCUUUACAAACGAUCAUCGGACAGCACAAAAUGGCUCCUGAGAUGGUUCAGACUGUAUCAGAAUUUGUUGUUCUAUUACGAUAAUGACUCGUCCAAUCGACCGGUGGGUGUGAUCUUUUUGGAAGGAUGCUAUUGUGAAAGACUCCUCAACCCGCACAUUGGAAAGGAUGAAAGCAUUGAGAAAGUCUAUUGCUUCGCCAUUAUGUAUCGGCGAGAGAACCAACGACAAUAUGAACUUCGAGCCGAUACCAUUUCGGAGUGCCAGGCUUGGAUCGAUGGUAUUAAGAUGGCCAGUUUCAAUAAACUUCAUUUACAAAUGGAGGAAGUGGAACAAAAACACCUUCACCUUCUCCAAGUGGUCGAAAGUGAGAAGACGGCCAAAUGGCAAUAUACUCAGCAUUGCGAUGAACUUACCGAUGAGAUUAAGAAGCUGCGGAAUGAGUUGUUCGUGAUGAAAAAAGAGUGGCGUCUUUUGCCGCAGAUCUCCAAAUCCUCGAGCAGUCAAGAUGGCGACAAAUCGGAUGAUGAGGAAGAUCCGGAUAUAGCCAAGAUCAAGAAGGUCCAAAGCUUCUUCCGAGGUUGGUUGUGUCGUCGGCGAUGGAAACAAAUUGUCGAGGAAUACAUUCGUUCCCCACAUGCUGAGAGCAUGCGUAAACGAAACUGUCUCGUGUUCCGCAUGGUCGAGUCCGAAGAGGAAUAUGUGGAACAGUUGGAGAUCCUGAUCUCCUGCUUCCUUCGGCCGUUCAAGAUGGCGGCCAGUUCGAAGAACCCUCCUUGUACUCACGAGGACAUCAAUUCGAUCUUCCUGAACAGCGAAACCGUGCUGUUCCUCCAUCAGAUCUUCUUGAAGGGUCUCACAGCUCGGAUGGAGUCUUGGCCCACUCUGGUGCUGGGCGAUCUCUUUGAUAUGCUUCUUCCUAUGCUCAGCAUCUACCAGGAAUAUGUGAGGAACCAUCACUACUGUCUGCAGGUGUUGACUGAGUGCAAGCAAAACCAGCAAUUUGGCUCGUUGCUACACAGAUUGGAAAAGAAACCGGCAUGCAAAGGCCGAUCUCUGGAGACCUUCUUGACGUAUCCAAUGCAUCAGAUUCCAAGGUACAUCAUCACCCUCCAUGAGCUCUUGGCGCACACUCCACCGGAUCAUGUUGAAAAGAAGUCAUUGGAACAUGCUCGAAUCCAACUAGAGGAUUUGUCACGACAAAUGCACGAUGAGGUUAGUGAAACGGAGAACAUCCGCAAGAAUCUGGCCAUUGAGCGGAUGAUCAUCGAAGGCUGCGACAUUCUCCUGGAUGUCAACCAAAUGUUCGUUCGUCAAGGGACCCUGGUCCAAAUCCUCCCACCCGGUUCCAAAUCAGGAGCUCGAGGUCGCAUGGGAAUUGGCCGGGAGAAGGAGCGUGAAGCUGUCCGACAAUGUUUCCUGUUCAGUAACCAUCUGAUCAUCACCACCCGAACUCAGGCGGGUCGAUUGCAUCUCGUGGACUCUGUGGGAAAGAUCCCUCUGGCAGACGUUACUUUGGUGGAGGAUCCCAGUGAAGAGGAGCGUAUGGACGAGCCAGGUGAGAGUCAUACUGUGCUCAUCGGAGGUUCUUUGAUUCAAGGGUCAAGGGCUUUUCUCCUAGAGUCACCAUGUGGAUCAAGUGAUAGCAGCUCGACCAGUGACAUGGGCAAUAUCGUCAAGUAUGAGCACAAGAGUCUUGAUUUCAAGCUCAUUAUGGAUGAUGUCAAAUCGGGGAACCAGGUGACGAUUCAUCUGGUGGCUCCGACCCAUCAAGAGAAGGCUUCCUGGAUCACGGAUAUUACUCAGUGCAUGGAUACGGUCCACUUCAAUGGUCUGUUCUAUAACACCAUGCCCAACGCAUCUUCGUCGACUAUUCCCCAAUGUGUCAAAAGCGAUCCGAAUCUAUUCAAAGACGAUGUGGACAUUCGAUUCAGCAAGACCUUCAACACUUGCAAGAUCCCUCAGAUCCGUUACGCCACGCCUGAGCGACUCCUUCAACGUUUAACCGAUCUUCGGUUCUUAAACAUUGACUUCUUGAAUACAUUCUUGCUAACCUACCGCGUCUUCACCGAUGGAAUCACUGUCCUUGAAGCGCUCAAAAUGGUCUUUUUUAACCCGGAUCAGCCCUCAUCUCCCACAAGCUCCAAUGGAUCAAUGGAAAACCUUACUCAUGCCGAGGGAAGCAUCCAGGUGAAUCUUCUCCAUCCUUCGCAAACCUUGACCUUGGAUGGCAGUCGAAGAAUUUCCACAUGCUCAGGUUAUAGCACGGCGACAGACAAUGGCCGUCAUGGAUCUCUGACCCCAAGUAGACGGAUCAGUGGAGCGAGCUCGUUGUCGGGAUAUUACUCCGAUGAAAGGGAACGCUCUUCAUCAGAGGCCAAUCACAAGUCCCAGCAUUGGAAAUAUACUUAUAGAAGAUAUGAGGAAGAACAAAGAAAUGAGGAGGCGACAGCUGCACUUCCGGGAUCUCGCCACGUGGUCACACGAGGUUCCAUUGCGCUACCCCCUCAGAGUCGGAAAGGAUCUCACGAUAGCACUGGGUCAGGACGGAGUGGUUCCAUUAUUUCCACGUCCCAAUGGCGUAAAGAGAGCGUGACCAUUGUGGAACAAGUCGAGCCCAUCACUGAGCAAGACGAUGAUGCUACUGAUCGCAUUGAAUAUGGCGACACAGGGCGACAAAACUCCCUGGGAAUGGCACCUAUGCCCGCAGCAGCAGGCAAGGCUUUCUCUCUCGGCAAUGACAAAGACGGGGAGUUUUUGUCCGUUCCCAAGAAAACCAUAACGGCCUCAUCCAGUGCUGAAACCCUCACAGAUAACACUUUGACCGCCCCGUCAUCCCCGAAUCAAGCGUCUAACAAGAGAAAAGGUUCGGUUGGAGCCAAUCUUAUGGUCCGGUCUUCUCCAAGUGUGGACGAAUCCGAAUUAGGAGGCCUGGAUGAAGUAGAAGACAAGAAACUCCUCUUGGCCAAAACUGAGAGCUCUCACGAGUUGCCGUUGAAGAGCGCUUUGAAGAAGUGUUCAAUUUCCUCGAUUGGGUCCACUCAUUCGCCCAAAUCUCGGGCUCGAAGCACAUCCACAUUCUCCUCCGCAUCUUAUACCUACAACAUGAACAAUGAGGACGAUGGUUCUGACGUGAUCACGGCUAGAGGGUGUAGCUCUCAGCCGGGUUCGCAUCACCCAUCCUUCUCAAGUCCCACGGGAUCAAGGAUUGUGUUUGGCGGUUUGAAUCUCAAGGAUCUCACCAUUGGGAUGAAAAGUCCAACGAAGGACACCAAGAAGCGGAAAGGAAUCUUCAAUCGCCAUGUGGGAUCGAGUGGGAAUGACACGAGCAAUGACCACUCAUCUUCGCCAAUCUCUAGCCCUCAGCAUAGUAAGAUGGGUGUCGUUGUGACCAGCUCAAGGCAGGCCCAUAGAAGUGACCAUAACGACUCCCAUUCAUCCAAGAGAGCCUCCAAAGAUGCUGUCAGUCUCGAAUAUUUUCUCUCUGAACUCUCGGACGAAGAUAGCAACUCAUGGUCGAGCUCAGCCAAUGCCGCUGUCGCAUUUGCCGUGGCCACUGCGGGCAGUGGAAACCCUCCUGAUCCUACUCAUAAAGAUGCUUUUAAAGAAGCAGCUAAACGGAAGAUGUCGUUGACAAGUAGUGUUUCCACAAUGCGGGUCCUCAGUGUUCUUCGACAUUGGGUCACAAAACACACCCAGGACUUUGAGAGCAAUGUCCAAUUGAAGAAUUUAACGAUUGAGUUCUUAGAGGAUAUUAUUUGCACUCCAACGUUGCUUCCAUCGGAACAUCGGGCAUCGUCUCAAUUAUUGCGAAUGCUAACCAAGGAUGAACCAUCCACCUCGAAAUUCAACCUGGAUGAGAUAUUGACCCCAACGCAAGUCCCCUCAAGAGAAAAUAUCAACACCUUGUCCGCAUUGGAAAUUGCCGAGCAAAUGACUUUUCUAGAUCAAAAGAUCUUGUUUACCAUUCAAUCCAGUGAAUUUUUGGGACAAGCCUGGACAAAGCCGGACAAAGACGUCAAAUCCCCCCACAUCGUGAUCAUGACCAAGAGAUUCAAUGAUAUGUCUUGUUUAGUGAUCUCGGAUAUCGUCACAGAACCGGACGUUGCCACUCGGGUUCAAGUCAUUGAAAAGUGGACAGCUGUGGCUGAUAUUUGUCGUUGUUUACACAAUUUUAACGGAGUUCUCCAGAUCUGUGCCGCAUUUACCAACUCCUCUGUCUUCAGACUCAAAAACACUUGGAAUCGGGUUUCUAAAUCAACAAAGCAAACAAUUGAAAAACUCCAAGCCUUGGUGUCUUCGGAUGGUCGCUUUCGAAAUCUCAGGGAUUCUCUUCAUCGGACCGAUCCACCUUGCAUUCCAUAUUUGGGUAUGUAUCUCUCGGAUCUAACCUUCAUUGAAGAGGGCACACCCAAUUUUACAGAUAACAGAUUACUCAACUUUGCUAAGAUGAGAAUGAUUGCUCACGUCAUCCGAGAGAUUCGACAAUUCCAACAAACUCCAUACAAGAUUGACCAAGUCCCCAAAGUCACGAACUAUAUCCUAGAUCCUGAGCGACAAUUAGACGACGAGAUGCUUUACCAGCAGUCCCUAAUUGUGGAACCAAGAACCUCUAGAUUGUCCUCAUCCUUUGGACAUUCCGUGGCGGCGGCUGCCAUUGCCGCAGCGGCUGCCAAAGAGCAACAAUAAUCACUUUGAAGACAAUCCCAACUCAAAGAUUUUGUAUCCUUCUUUCCAAAUCAUGUGCUAAACUUCCUACUUACAUAUAUAUAUAUGUCAAGCCUCUGUAGCAUUAAGCUAUUAUCAUAAUCUUGGCGUAACACACUCGUGUUCCCUGUAUGUGACUCGCCUCCUUGGCUAAUUAUUUAAGUUCUCGUCCAAGGAGCUUUUGAAACCUAAUUUCCUUGAAGAUUACUGUCCAGUAGUUCCUGGUGAAUGCUUAUUCCAGAGGCGUUUUUAUUGGUUGGAAGCGACUUUCUAGGCGUGAAGUGUUGUGGAAGUCCUGAAUUCCUGGUGUUUGUAAGGUUGGCCAUUUUGUUUGCAAUAGAGACUUGGUGCUUGAAUCAAGGAUCUGCACAAGGGGAAAUCGACCGCUUAUGAUGUUUUGAAAAAGAGAAAACGAUCCAACCCAACAUUUCAGUCGGCAAUUGCUUCCCUGAUAUUGUUUACUAUUCAUUGGUGUUUGUAUUAAGAUAGCGAAAAUGACAUUGUUUUCAUGAGUACAUGUCGUCCGUCACCCUUCAGUAAGAACGUCUAAUACGUUUCCGGUCACUUUUGUCACCCCAAACACGAUGUUUCUAACCGAUGUAGCCAUUGAGUCAACUUCUAAGUCACGUUUUAAAAUUCAAAUCCAGGAGAGUUUGGCUUCAUCCCAAAAACCAUUUUGAUAUUGCAGGCCACUAUAUUGGUGCGUGUAUUCCUCUCUCUCAAGUACGAUAUUUUCAAUUCAAUAUGGUCAUUCUUGUGCUUUUGAUGACAAAAACCCCUUCCGCACUUUAUUCUCAUUGUUAGUCUGUAUUGUGAGUAAACUUGAUUUAUCUGAGAAAAACAAAGCACUGUUGGAAAGAGGGUGUCCAAGAUUGUGUCUUGUGUGUCAAUAAAUCAUUUUUAAAUCCUA